AAAGUCUCUAGUAUCGUGCGACUUCGGGAAGCACUCCGAGGAUUCAGAGGAUGUCGCUUGCAAUGCGCCGCCUGUUGCCGCACCGCACCUCGAAGCUGCCAGGUCGGUCCCUCUUUGAUGUCUUCUUUCUCAACGUUGCAUGGCAUGCAUGAGUGCAGCCUUUGGACAACGCUGCCGGCACCUCACAGUUGUUCCGAUGGCCCAAGUCUCGCCGUCCAUGACAGGCGGGCGCAUCACCAAGUGGACGAAGGACGUGGGUGACUUCGUGUCUUGCUACGACUUGUUGUACGAAUUCGAAGUCAGCGGACUCACAGAUAUCGACGAAGAAGAGAACGUCACGACCAAGAUGGAGCUAGAAAGCUGUGACGAAGGGUACCUCGCCGUCGUGUUCGAUCCCGUGGUUCCCAACACGUGCCCAAAGAUUGUUGGCGGUGGCACCCCCGUGGCCCUUCUCUGCGACACCGUUGACGAAAUGCAUGACGUUCAAGACCAGUUCAAGCGCCUCGGUCCCAAGAUGUUGCAGAAUGUGCCCGACCACAAUGUCAUGCCAUGGCACGCAUAUCUUCUGGAGCCACAACGCAAAGAUAACUCGUGUUGCAGCUGAUAUGUUAAUCCUUUCAUCGUUUUGUACAGUCUUCGUUAUGGCCGCACUUCCUUCACUUGGAACACGUGACAUGUUGCCUGACGCUCUUGCCUAUUGCCUGACGCUCUUGGCUACAAAUUCCUCUACCAGGGGAU